CUUGCGAUUUAUAAUGCAAUCUAAAUUAGACACAGUGAUUACUACACAGAUUUGGUCGCUCUAUGAGCGUUUUAUUCAACAAAAUAAUCAUGAUAUUCAUAGGUAGAGUAAAUAAUUCUGAAAACAUGAAAAGUGAUACAAGAACUAGUUUACUCUCGAAAAUGAUUGUGGACAGAUGUAAAACAGUGAUCCUAUUAUCCAGUGUAGUGUGUACGUUAGCUGUAGUUAUAUCCUUACACAAAUUACUAAGUUACGAUGUAAAACUAACGAAACCGUUUUCUCCAAUACCAGCUGGUCUUUAUGGUAAUUAUAUAGAAACUGUAGACCAAUAUAACAUUCCUUCCACCCCCAAGAAAGCCGAUAAAGCCCGAGAUGCUGAAGCGGUUGUGUCACUAAACGCAGCUUUAGAAAUGAAGAAACAUGGUAAGUCAGACAAAGCCUUAAAACUGUUCCAACAUGCCUUUGCUUUGUCCCCGAAACAUGCAGACAUUUUGAAUCAUUAUGGGGAAUUUUUAGAAGACACUAAGAAGGAUGUCUUGAAAGCUAAUCAAUUAUAUACACUAGCAUUAACAAAUUAUCCAGAUCACACUGGUGCUUUGAUGAAUAGACAGCGCACAGCAAGUAUAGUAGAGAAUUUAGACAGAGAAAUGUUAAGAAAGAUAGAUGAAAAGAGAGAUGCUCUCUUAUCUAUACCUGAAAACAAUUCUGCUUUAUGUAGAGCAAAAAAGGAGGCUUAUUUUCAACACAUUUACCACACGGUCGGCAUAGAAGGUAACACAAUGACACUGCAGCAGACUAGGAGUAUAUUGGAGACAAGGAUCGCUGUGGCUGGGAAGAGUAUUGAUGAGCACAAUGAGAUCUUGGGCUUGGAUGCAGCUAUGAAAUAUAUAAAUUCCACCUUACUGUACAGACUGAGGGACAUCACAAUGGGUGAUAUUUUAGAAAUUCAUAAGAGAGUACUGGGUCAUGUUGACCCAGUGGAAGGUGGACAGUUCAGAAGAACCCAAGUAUAUGUUGGUGGUCACAUACCGCCAGGCCCUUCAGAGAUACAGAGACUUAUGAGUCAGUUUCUGGAAUGGCUAAACUCUGAAGAUGCAUUGGAUUUGCACCCAGUAAGGUACGCGGCAUUAGCCCAUUACAAGUUGGUACACAUCCACCCGUUCAUCGACGGCAACGGGCGCACGUCGCGGCUGCUAAUGAACCUGCUGCUGAUGCAGGCUGGCUACCCACCCGUCAUCAUAGUGAAGCAACAUCGCCAUCUGUACUAUCAACACCUGCAGACUGCGAACGAGGGAGAUGUGCGACCCUUUGUAAGAUUCAUAGCACAAUGCACAGAGCGCACUUUGAACCUUUAUUUAUGGGCGACCAGUGAGUACUCGCACAUGGUGCCCGCGAUAGGUGAACCGCACAUCCUCACCGGUGAGGACCUCGAAGAAGACCUUCUAUGACCAACGCUUCACUCACACGAAACUGUGUACUACAGUUCAAGUACAAAGGUUACCUAGACGAUUGACACUCGGGGUGAGUUGAUGUUUAUAUGCAGAAGAUCACUCGAGUGUAGUUUAAUUCCACUAUUGUCAAAUACAGAAUGUGUUAUUAUUUAUUGUAACAUACAUUACCCUAUGGUAUAUUUUCCAUAAUUAUAUACCGUCUCAUUAUAAUACAAGGACUAAGUUUAGUUCCGGGUUUAAACCAUUGUCUGACCAAAUUAAGUCAACACGUCUCAAUUUGACGUUAUCUCGUCAGUUACUGUCAAUUUCAUUCACUAAAUUUAGUUCUCGUUUUAUAGACAACUAGAGUUGUGGAAUCUUUUAUUAGGUAUUUUUUGUAUAUUUUAUUGGUACUUUUUUGUACAUUUUAAACGUAACGGCGUGGGUUAAUUCUGUUAAUAUUGACGUCCUCAUUCUCGUUUUAA